GGGCGGGGCUGGCGGCGCGGCCCGCACGUGGAGCCCGGGGCACGGGUGACCUUGGCGCGCUGGGGCCGAGAGGGGCGGGGAGCCCGCGGCUGUCACCCCUCCUCUGUCACCCCUCUGCUGUCACCCCUCUGCUGUCACCCCUCCUCUGUCACCCCUCCUCUGUCACCCACAACUCCAGCCCUGCCUGCCGUGCACCCCCAGGUGUUUCUCCCCCAACCCUGCGGUGUUCCCACUGUCCUACAACUUCCCCCAUGAGCCAAAGGAUGGGGCACCCCAACACCCUGCACCGGGCAGGGAGCAUUUCCAGGCACCCCCAAACCCCCCCAGCCUGUCUCCAGGACUGUGUCUCUAGGACAGCUGGUGGUGCCAGGCCCUGGCACAGAAAACAGCUCUGCUGUGAUUUCAGGUCUUGGCUUGCUAACGAUGGAUAGCACUUCUUCUUCCCCGUCGCCCUUCUCUGCCAGCUGUCCCACGGAGCAGCCUGAGAACGCCACUGACCACGACUACUACUCUGGCCUCCAGAAGACCAUGCACAUCCUCUCCAUGGUGGUGUACAGCAUCUCCUGUUUGCUGGGGGUGACAGGGAACGGCCUCGUCAUUUGGAUUGCAGGCUUCAAGAUGAAGAAGACGGUGAAUUCCGUCUGGUUCCUCAACCUGGCCAUAGCUGACUUCAUCUUUACCUUUUUCCUGCCCCUCAGUAUCGCCUACACCGCCCUGGGCUUCCACUGGCCAUUUGGGAAGCUCCUGUGCAAGCUGAACAGCACCAUCGCCUUCCUCAACAUGUUUGCCAGCGUCUUCCUCCUGACGGUCAUCAGCGUUGACCGCUGCGUUUCUGUGGCCUUUCCCGUCUGGUCUCACAACCGCAGGAGCCCGGAGCUGGCGGCCAGGAUCGCGCUGGGGACGUGGGUCCUGGCUGUCCUGCUCAGCUCCCCGUACCUCGUCUUUCGGGACACCGUGGUCAGUUCCAGGAAUGUCACCAGCUGUUACAAUAAUUUUGCGCUGUCCGAUGAUUACACGUCCGAGGCAACGCGCAGGCUGUGGAGGGUGCGGCACAAAGCGAUGAUCAUCACGCGAUUCUUGUGUGGGUUCCUCAUCCCCUUCAUGGUGAUUCUCAUCUGCUACAGCGUCGUGGCUGUCAAGCUGAAAAGAAGGCAGUUGGCCAACUCUGCAAAGCCCUACAGAAUCAUCAUUGCAGUCACAGUCUCGUUUUUCCUCUGCUAUUUUCCAUAUCAUGUUUUCUCCUUGCUGGAAAUAUCCAAAAACUCUUCCAGCCAUGAGAUGAAACUGGCCCUUUACAUAGGGAUCCCCUUGGUUUCCAGCCUUGCUUUCUUCAACAGCUGCAUCAACCCCAUCCUGUAUGUCUUUGUGGGGCCAGAUUUCAAGGAGAAGUUUUGCCAGUCCAUCCUGUCAACCUUCGAAGGGGCCUUCAGCGAGGAGUCGGUCCUGGGCAGCCUGACCAGCCGGCGAAAGUCCAGGUCUGCUUCGGAAGUAGAGAUCCCGAGGGUCUGAGCAGGUGCUGGUGUGGAAGGGGUCGUUCUUUUCUCUGCAAUUUCCCUCAUUUCAGAACUCAGAUCAUGAGACUGGGGACUGUGAAGGGCUGCACUUGCUAACGAGGUGUGAUUUCAUGUUUUGGAGGUAUCUCAAAUAUAUUAUGAUUUAACACGCAGUGGGAAUGGAAGAACUCUGGAGCUGCAGCAAGGUGGGUCAAAGUAGCAGCAUUUUACUCCUUGUGCCUUUUGACCCUUGUUUAUGGAGCCUUUAGAAAGAAAGUUAAAUGCAAUGGCUGUAUGUAUAGGGAAUGGAAGAGUGAGUAAGACGCUCAUCUUUUCUCUCCUCAAGCAGGACAAAUCAGGGGUUGUGCUGCUGUUACUCAGAUUUGAUUUGAUGUACAGCAUAACUGUUUCUGAGCAAUGCUUGUCUCUGUUUGUGUUUGUCAUGUUUGCAGCCCUUAAAUAGCAGAGAUCUGAUAGUUUGUGCUGUUGGUGAAUUAAUAUUAACCCCCAAUAAACUUGUGUAAAACAUA